AUGUUAGAAGUAGAAGUCUUUGAUUGUUGGGGCAUUGAUUUUGUUGAUCCAUUUCCUCCCUCUUUCGCUAAUGAAUAUAUUCUUGUUGCCGUUGACUAUCUAUCCAAGUGGGUGGAAGCACGUGCUACACCUAAGGCCGAUUCCAAAACUGUGAUUAAAUUCUUAAAGAAAAAUAUCUUCUCACGUUUUGGUGUGCCAAGGGUGUUGAUAAGUGAUGGAGGAUCACACUUUUGUAAUACACCUCUGGAAAAAGUUUUAGAACAUUAUGGUGUAAAACAUAAGGUGACCACUCCCUAUCCCCCACAAGCAAAUGUUCAAACGGAAGUGUCAAACAGAGAAGUAAAGAGAAUUCUUGAGAAAACAGUCUCUAGCUCUAGAAAAGAGUGGUCAUUGAAAUUAGAUGAAGCUUUGUGGGCAUACUGUACUGCCUACAAAGCUCCUAUUGGACUAACCCCUUUUCAGAUGGUCUACGGAAAAACUUGUCAUCUUCCGGUAGAGUUGGAACAUAGAGCACUUUGGGCUCUUAAAUUUCUGAAUUUUGAUACCACUCUAGCCGGCCACAAAAGAAAAGACCAACUCCAUGAAUUGGAAGAAUUAAGAGACCGUGCAUAUCACUCCAUCAAGCUCUACAAGUACAAAGCUAAGACUUACCAUGAUAAGAAAGUCCGCUGCAAAAGUUUUCAUGAGGGACAAAUGGUGUUGCUAUUCAACUCGCGACUUCGGUUGUUCCCCGGUAAGCUUAAGUCAAAAUGGUCUGGACCAUUUGUGGUGAAGGAAGUGAGGGACUAUGGAGCCAUUGUGAUCGAGGAUCCCAAAUCUAAGGAAAGUUGGACAGUUAAUGGUCAACGACUCAAGCCUUACCAUGGUGGAGAAGUGGUGUUAGAUACUUGUUUUUGCAAGGAAGUGAAAGUUAAGUGUAAAAAAAUUGACAUUUUUAGAAAAUUUCACCUGUUUGCCCCGCAAUCAGUGUUUGCCCCGCAAAUGGACCACAAACAGGGAGUAAGCCAAAUUUGCAAAGAAAAUCUCACCUGUUUGCCCCGCAAACAGAUGUCAAAGCGCACAAAAACCAGAAGUGCCAAUCCUAGUUACUCCACACCACGGUUCAUUGGAGAGGAACAAGAAGAGCGAUAUACUUACUUGUGCAACCGAAUCGUCCAGGAUGAAAGGUUUAUCCGGUUCAAACAUUGGAAACACUCAAAUGGGGGAAGAUAUGUGAACCGGUAG